GCAUAAAAGGUCCUCCCCGCUAACGCCGCAUACAAAUCACAGUAACAGCUACGCUCCACCAAACCCCGCCACCGACACCCCAACCCCCAACCCCCCCAUCUCUCUCUAAAAGAUCCUCCAUCCCAAGCCCUAACCCUAACCCUAACCCUAACCAACGAAAUCACCAAUGGCGAUUCUCCGGCGAUCACCGGCGAUUCUCCUAGCAUUAACCCUAGCCCUAGCCUUCUCCUUCGCCUCGGCGAAGAAGCUGAAGGUUUGCGAUAAGGGCUGGGAGUGCAAGAACAGCAUCUACUGCUGCAACGAGACGAUCACGGAUUACUUCCAGGUUUAUCAAUUCGAGAAUUUGUUCGCGAAGAGGAACGCGCCUGUAGCUCACGCGGUGGGGUUCUGGGAUUAUCACUCGUUCAUUACGGCGGCGACGGGGAAUAAGACGAUGAAGAUGAGGGAGAUCGCUGCUUUCCUUGGUCACGUUGGUAGCAGGACCUCUUGUGGUUAUGGUGUUGCUACCGGUGGUCCUCUAGCAUGGGGUCUAUGCUACAACAAAGAAAUGAGCCCUAGCCAAUCCUACUGUGAUCCAAACUACCUCUAUCCUUGCACUCCUGGAGCCGAGUACUACGGACGUGGUGCCCUUCCUGUAUACUGGAACUACAACUACGGGCUCACCGGUGAUGCUCUCAAGGUAGAUUUAUUGAACCACCCAGAGUACCUUGAACAAAAUGCAACCCUAGCUUUCCAAGCUGCGAUGUGGCGAUGGAUGACCCCGAUGAAGAAGAAGCAGCCCUCCGCUCACGAUGUGUUUGUUGGCAACUGGGAGCCCACGAAGAACGACACUCUAUCUAAAAGGCUACCGGGUUUCGGAGCCACCAUGAACGUUCUCUACGGGGACCAAAUCUGUGGUCAGGGUUUUAUCGAUGAUAUGAACAACAUGAUAUCUCACUACCAGUAUUAUUUGGAUUUGAUGGGCAUUGGAAGAGAUUACUCUGGAGAUAAUCUGGAUUGCGCGGAGCAGGUUCCUUUCAAUCCUUCUUCGAAGUCUGAGAGUUCUUGAGGAACUGAGGGAUGCAGUGGUUCAUUGGGGUUCUGAUGGUGAUUUCUCGUGUCUGCUGUUGUUCGUUGUCAUGUAAGCUCCGGUUGAACUGGGAAGGUGUUUGAUGUUGUUCUCUGUACAGUUUGAUUGUUGUUGAUAUUGCAGAUCGUAUGGUGGGAUUUUGGGAAUGCAUGGUGGUCAUUGUUGUUAGUAAGUUGGUGUUAUUUGUCGUGUAUGCAGGAGAAGUUAUGAUACUAUGUAAAUCCUACUCGUCCGCGUACCUAUUGUUUCUCUUCGCCUUUUUGGUUAUUAUUUCUUUGUGAUGGUGUAAA